UAAAGCUAAACUAUCGAAAUAAGUAUUCACGAUGCUAAAGAUCCCAGUUUCCGCGAUUUCAACGCGUUUAUGAGUGUUGUUAUACCAGCAUGUUUGCUUGGCCUUGAGGCUUCGGCCUCAAGUAUGUGGUGGCACAGCAUUCGAUUCGGAGCGAGAUGGGAAGUGUUUCAACGAGAACCUCUUGUAGCGGAAGGCUCGUAGGCCGGACGGAGGUUUGGGGGUUAAGCGUGAACUCGUGUCAGCUCACAAUACUUCUGUGCGAUUUUGUAACAAAGUUCUAGGAAGAAUGGCAGAAACUCAGACACUCAACUUCGGACCAGAAUGGCUCCGGGCCCUGUCUGGUGGUGGCCAUGGGGGUGGUAGCAGCAGUUGUGUUGCCACCUCACCACCUCUCUCACCUGCAAUGCCAAAGUAUAAACUUGCAGACUACCGCUACGGGAGAGAAGAAAUGCUAGCACUUUAUGUUAAGGAUAGGGAGAUCCCUGUAGACCUACAUGAUAAGGAUUUUCUGCCCAUUUUACAAGAGGAGCCCCUGCCACCACUGGCACUUGUAGCUUUUACAGAGGAAGAGCAGAGAAAUUUUUCCAUGUCUGUAAACAGUGCAGCUGUGCUCAGGCUGAUGGGGAGAGGAGGGGGUCCGGUGGGGCCAGGGGCGCCGAGGGGUCGAAGUACCUCACGGGGUCGAGGUCGGGGUAGAGGAGACGGAGGGUUUUACCAAAGAAGUUUUGAUGACGUGGAAGGAGGCUUUGGACGCGGGGGCAGGGAGAUGCACCGCUCCCAGAGCUGGGAGGAAAGUCAUGCUGAGUCUAUUUUCUCACCAUCUAGGGGAGACCGAAGGUUUGAAAAGCCAGGUCGAAAAGAGACAGAAGUUGCUCCUACCCACUUCCUGAUGAAUCAUAUCCGUGCUAACUACGAGGAGGUUGGGACCGGUGUGGGGGGCCUGCCAGUGAGGAAGCAUGACUUCACGCGUUCGGAGAGUGAGAACUGGCGCACGUCCCGGGAUGAAGUGAAUGGUGAGGAUGGUGAAGAGGGGGGCUGGCGCCUGGCUGGCACCUUGGCAUGUGCCUUGCGACGGGACAGCGAGCGGUGGUGCCCCCCGAGUCCAGACGGGACGCGGUCGGCAGGGUGGCGAGAGGCUCACCCGGGGGAGCAGCCGCGGCAGCGCAGGCUCCCUUUCGAUGCCAGGGAGGACGAGCGCGGCUACAGGCAUCCCCCGUCGGCCAGCGGCAGCCUGGAGGAGGAUGGAGGGGGCAGCCUGCCAGAGUGGUGUCUGGAGGACGCUGAAGAGGAGACGGGCACCUUCGACUCCUCCGGAGCCUUCCUUUCGCUCAAGGUUCGAAAAGCUCCCAAGGAGCCCAUCCUGGAGGAGGCAGAGCUGGACUUCAGACCCCUGGAGGAAUGUGACGAGGGUCUGGAGGAGGACGGACACCCCCGGGAGACCAAAGACACAGACGAAGAGGCCAGGAGAGAGCCCGACAGAAAACAGGAUGUGGGGAGAGCGAUAGAGGAGGCUGCUCCGUCUCCACCUGAGCCCCUGCCCCCCAGCCAGCCCGACAGAGUGGAGGAUCCUGAGGGGCCGUUGGAGAAGCCACUUGAGCGACCCCCUGCCCCGGAACACAGGCCAGAGGCCAACAAAGUCCCCCUGCACACCCCCAUGUCCAAUACAAUGCUGGACUCCCUCCCCAUCCCCCACACCGUUGCACACACUCUCACAGUGUCGGCCCCGUCGUACACCAUCCAGAUGCAGCAGAAGCCCCUGGAGGUUCCCGUGGCCAUGCCCGCCCCGCUGCCCUUCAGUGCUAGCCUCAUGCCCAAAAGCACGUCUAUCAUGGCCCCUAACAAUAUGGCCACCAGUACGGGCCUCAUGGCGCCCAUCGGAAGGCCCACGGCCAUGCCGCCACACCACACUAUGGAUGAAGAUGAGGGACUGAAGCACUUUGAACAGGAGGCAGAGAAGAUGGUGGCGUAUCUACAGGACGGUGAUGACCGGCUGGCUGCCAAGAGCUCAGCUACCAAACCAGCCGGCCUGCCGCUCACACACGAGGCUGCUCUGAAGUGGUUUUAUAAAGACCCCCAGGGAGAGAUACAGGGUCCGUUCAGUAACCCGGAGAUGACAGAGUGGUUCCAGGCGGGCUACUUCACCAUGACCCUGCUGGUGAAGAGAGGCUGUGACGAGGUCUUCCAGCCCCUGGGUGAGAUCAUCAAGAUGUGGGGCAGGGUGCCCUUCGCCCCCGGCCCAGCACCGCCACCCCUACUGGGUGAUGCCGGGGACCAGGAGCGUCUGAAGCGACAGCAGGAGCUGACGGCCCUCAACCUUUACCAGCUGCAGCAGCUGCAGUACCAGUACCUUUUGAGGCAGCAGUACGCCCAAGCCCUGGCCCAGCAGAAAGCCCAGGCCCUCAGCUCAGCACCACACCAGCAGCAGCAGCAACAGCAGCAGCAGAUCAACCUGCUCCUCCAGCAAUACCAGGCCCUCAAGAUGAGGUCAGCAGAAAACACAACAUCUGAGUCUCUCUUACCUCCUGUGACUCGGUCCAUGUCCGUACCAGAAUCCCAGGGUUCUGUGUGGGAAAUGCAGAACACCUCUCAGGCCUCCUGCACAUCAAACAUCCAGCAACCCACACCCAGUGCGUGGGAGGGCAGCAGUGUGUGGGAUCUGCCCAUAGACUCCAUGGCCCAGGCCCCCACCAUAGAACAGAUGCAAAACCUGGAGAAGAAUAAGGCUGCCAAGCUGGAGCUGGAGCGGGGUGAGGCAGAGCUGAGUGCCAAGAGGGAGGAGGAGGAACACAAACGCCUGGAGGAGGAGCAGCUAGCACGUCAGAAACAGGAGGAGGCAUUGAAGAGGCAGCGGAAGCAGCAGCAGGAGGAGGCGCUGCGCCAACAGAAAGAGGAGGAAGAGGAACGGCAUGCGCAGGAGGAGGCCCUCCGCAGACUGGAGGAGAGGAGGAGGAGGGAGGAGGAGGAGGAAGAGGAGAGGAAGCAAAGGGAAGAGUUCCUCCGCAAACAGGAGGAGGAGCACCGAAAGCAGGAGGAGCUGGAGGCCCUGAGGAGGCAUGAGGAAGAGAAGCGGCAACAGGAGGAGGCGGCUGCGGUGGCUUUGGUACGGCAACAGCAGGAGGAGGCGAAAAGGAGAGAGCAGGAGCUAGCCAGACAGAGGCAGCAGCAGCAGGAGGCGCUCCGCCGACUACAGCAGCAACAGCAGCUAGCCCAGAUGAAGCUGCCGUCUUCCUCUAAGUGGGGCCAGCAGUCAGCAGUCACGGCAGCAGCCAUCUCUCAGUCCCAGAACGCUCUGUCGCUCGCUGAGAUCCAGAAAGUGGAAGAGGAGAGAGAACGACAGGCACGAGAGGAGCAGCGGCGCCAGCAGGCGGAGCACCUGAAGCUCCUGCAGCAGCAGGCCCUGCAGGAGGCCCGGAAUCCCCAGGCCAAGCUCUCUGGCUGGGGCAGCGUGGCCAAGCAGCCGGCCACCACGAAGUCCCUGCUGGAGAUCCAGAGAGAGGAGGCCCAGCAGGUGAAGCAGAGGAAGGAGCAGGGGGGUGGGGGCCAGCAGCCCAGUCACCCCACAGUCACCCAGCAGAACCGUGCCCAGAACAAAGCUACCACCGCUCUGAGCCCCUCGGUGUGGGGCUCGGUGGCCACCAGCGGCGGGGCUCCUAACUGGGGCGGUGACAGCAGCAUCUGGGGCGACAGCACCAACUCCAACAUGGGCUUCUGGGACGAGGAGGUGGCCCAGGCCCCACCCCCCGCCAGGAAGCCCAAUGCUCAGAAGAACAACAAGGGCAACGCCAACCUCAGCAGUCGGGCCAAUAAGAAGGUGGAGGAGGAGGAGAAGCUGCUGAAGUUGUUCCAGGGGGUUAAUAAGAGACAGCAGGAUGGCUUCAUGCAGUGGUGUGAGAAGACCCUGCACACCCUCAACACUGCCAACAACCUGGACGUCCCGACAUUUGCAUCCUUCCUGAAGGAGGUGGACAGUCCGUACGAGGUGCACGACUACGUGCGCGCCUACCUGGGGGACACGUCCGAGGCCAAGGAGUUUGCCAAACAGUUCCUGGAGCGCCGUGCCAAGCAGAAUGCCAACCAACAGAAAGCGCCCCCGGCCCCGCAGAACCAGCAGCCAACACUAAAACAGCAACAGCAGGAUUCAAUGUGGGGUGUGAGCGGAACAGGCUCUCCGUCUCUGUACCAGUCAAACCACACCAGCCUUCAGCAGCAGGCACGCUUCGAGACCGUCACCUCAGGGAAGAAGAAGAAAAAGCAGAAGAUGGUCCGGGCAGACCCCAGCCUGCUAGGUUUUUCUGUGAACGCGGCGUCUGAGAGGUUGAACAUGGGCGAGAUCGAGACGGUGGAGGACUUUUAAAGGGACUGCUCUGCUGCCAACCCCACUGACCAUAUCGUUCUGAACAGCUGCCAUUGUACCCCCUACAACCACCACCUUCCCACCCCAAUCCCCCUUUCCUUUUGUGAACAGCAUCCUCUUUCCGUUCUGUUUGUACUUUUUAAUUUAACAUUUGUCAUUGGAAGCUGGGGACGCUUGCCAGUGCUAGAGGACCCCUCAAAAAACAUCCCAAAUUAGUAUUUUGCCCUAUGUGAGACAGGGAGAAGGCUAACGAAGCAGCCAAACAAUCAAACAGAACCAUAAAAACCAACCAAGCAUUGAACAACAAAUCAAUCAAUGUAAAGGCCUAAUCUGACUUCUCCCAAAGAAGAGAGCUGAGGGGAGGACAUGGAUGUCUCCCUGUCUAUGGUCGGCUGUUCAGUCCCCUCCUAGUAUCUUGUCUGAAAGUAUGCAAGAGAGAGCUGUUACCUGAUGCAAUCUUCUCCCCAUGAAAUUGAACGCAUUGGGGGGGGGGGGAUAGAGUACUUUUUUCUGUUUUGUUAUUUUUAUUUAUUGAAUGUUUUUCUCCCCCCUCUUCUCCUCCCUUCACUCCUGUUUUCUGCCUGUUUGUGGAUGGUGGUGGUAUUGUAGGAGCCAAGGAUGUGUGUGCCCAUUGAUGUCCUGUUUUAAGGACAUGUUCGAGAGUUCCAAGUAGUUAUCCAUUUCUUGUAAAAUACUAGGCUGUUUAAAGAAUAACCUUUCAAUUCUGCAUCUGUAUUAUAAUAUAUGAAAAUGAUGAACUACUGGAGUCAUACUUUUCUAUUGCGGUAUGAAAUAAAACAGUCUCUUGUGUGGGCUGUUCACACCUCUGAA